UUAAAACCCAUUCCAGCAGCUUUGUGUCCGCCACUUGUUCACCAUUAACAGGGAGCGGCAGACAAAUCCACCCUGACACAUCAGCGGCCUCUCUGUCCCUGCGGUCUGACACUCAGUGGAGAGGGGCAGAAAACAAGCUGGACGUCCAAGUUUGAUGUGACGGGCAGCUGGAGUCCCUCCCACAGUCAUACCGUUACACAUUGAGAUAUUAGUGUCAGAGCCAGUGCGGGAUUACGGUUGUCCAGGUCCUGAGCUGACAAAGCACAGUUUCAGACACACUUAGGGAAAAUGAUCAUUCAGCUGAAAACCCUGAACCAAGCAACGGUCCCACAGGUGGACGAACAGCCGCGAGUUUAUUAGACCCCAUCCGAGUAUGAAUGCCACUAUUAUGUGUGAUCAGAUGCCAUGGCUGAAAUAACAGAAGUUACAAUCUAUCAAGAUGAAGCGACAUGGUGCAGGUGGAACAACUCUCAAGGUUAAAGGUCAUAUUCGUCAUGACUAUCUGAAGGAAUGAUUGGCAGUGGACAUUAGGUAUUCUGUUGCACUCUGGAAAGGAUCAGAAGCGAAGUUGGACCAGUGCUGCUUAAACCAAUAAGUUCAAACGAAGUUCUCCAAUCAUGAACGUGACUGGAAGAUUUGAGGGGUAUCCACACAAUUGUACUUUUAACGAGGACUUUAAAUACAUUCUGCUUCCUGUUUCUUAUGGGAUAGUAUUUGUGGUAGGACUUGUUCUCAAUGUUCUUGCGAUAUGGGUUUUUGUGUUUCGAAUGAGACCUUGGAACAUUACAACCACCUACAUGUUCAACCUAGCUCUCUCAGACACUAUGUAUGCGAUAUCAUUGCCUCUGCUAAUCUACUAUUAUGCGAAACACAAUGACUGGCCUUUUGGGGCAGCUUUGUGUAAAAUUGUUCGAUUCCUCUUUUAUACCAACCUGUAUUGCAGUAUUCUCUUCCUCACUUGUAUGAGCAUUUAUAGAUUCCUAGGGAUCUGCUUUCCAAUGCAGUCAUUGAGAUGGUCAAACCUGCGAUAUACACGAAUAGUAUGUAUUGUUGUUUGGGGAAUCGUGAUAGUAUUCCAGACACCAAUAUUUGUAUUUGUUGACACAGAAGGUAUUGGUAACACUACCAUUUGCUAUGACACUGCAAACCAAAUCCAUUUCAAUCAGUUUGUGAUUUACAGUGCUAUUCAGUUGGUGUUGCUGUUUUGUGGUCCUUUCAUAGUGGUCAUGAUCUGUUAUGGAAUUACAGCUAAGAAACUCCUUCAUCCUGAAGGUAUACGCCCUGAAUAUGCCAGAUCCAGGAAAAAAUCAAUCAAGAUGAUUAUUACUGUACUCACUGUUUUUGUCUUGUGUUUCUUACCUUUCCACAUCACACGUUCCAUUUACUAUUCCUCAAGAAGUCUUCAUGUGAGCUGCAGCACAUUGGAUGCGAUUAAUCUAGCCUACAAGCUGACUAGGCCCCUCGCAAGUGCAAAUAGUUGCCUUGAUCCGAUUCUUUAUGUGCUAGGUGGGCAGACGUAUCGCAGCAAGCUGGCGCGUAAAGGUAAUGGCUUGGAAAAUAAGAACAAUAUUCCUUUAGCCAAAAAGACAAUUAGUGGAGGAGACAUUACGCACUCUGUCUAUACUACAGAAAUUGGACUGGAGGAAAUAAAGCAAACCGCUGCUGGAAAUAGCGAAGGCAUUUAAAAUGAUUGCCCAGCUUGAGUUUUAAGAUGGGAUUUUAGCUGCAGGGUGCAUAUUUUUAAAUGCAACAAAGAAAUAACUAGCAAUGGAGAAUAUGUGUGAGAGCAUGUCGGUCACUGUACAAUGACCAAGAGCUGACAGCUGGUUGUCCAAGUGAAAAGCUCAUAUGUUUGAACCCUGAGAUUUCUUUCGUUUGCAAAUUGAUGACCAAUGAUAGCUGUCGAACUCCAAUUGCAAUGCUCAGGCACAAAUGGGUGCUCUGUGCAUUGUGAAGGUGCUUGUUCAUUUGUACCAGGAGGUGACUGGGGAUUUCUAAAGGGAGACUGUCAGUGAAUGGUCAGAAUUUUCCCCAGGACAACUCUAAUUUUGUUUGGGGUUUGAGCAGAAGCCUGUUCAAGUUUUCAAAUUCCUUUUUGUGAUUGCCUUUCCCACCUCUCACGCAUGGUCUGUGACAGGAUCAGUAUGGGUGCUACCUGAUUCCCCUCCUUUCCAGCACUGAGAAGCAACAGGACUUGUGUGUACUUCUGAAUGGUAUACGAAUAAAACCGGAGCCUCAAAAUAGUACAGAUUUUGUACCCCUCUCGUUGCAAUUUGUAAAUAAGCCACCGAUACCAUAACUAGUUAAAAAAAUAAUAAUUUGUCUAUCAUACUCUGGUUCCACAUCAGAGCUUGAUAUGUCAGUCCCAAUACUUUAUAUUUUCCUUCAAUCCAUUCCUUCAAUGCUGUCUUCCUGUCUCUUAAAUAUAGUAUUUUACUUGACUGAAAGUCACUUACAUUAAUUCAAAGUGAUAUUUUUGCUUAGUGCAUUCACAGAUAAUUAGGUGAGGGCAGUGCAACAAACAGCACCUAAAGGUAUGUCCAUGACUGAUUACACCUUCAACAAACCUAACUUCAUUCAGGUCUGGUUUUAAAAACAAAGCAUCUGAAAUCUGAUUCAGAAUCCAAUUUCCUGUUGAAUUAUUAUUUUGUCCCUGCGUUUCACUGAUCUUGCUUGAAUCAUAAUUAUUGGCAUACUAUAGAGGAGGCGAUGGCCUAGCGGUAUUAAUCCAGAGACCCAGGUACUAUUUUGGGGACCCAAUUCAAUUCACAGCAUGGCAGAUGGUACAAUUUGAAUUCAAUAAAAAUCUGGAAUUAAGAGUCUAAUGAUGACUAUGAAUCCAUUGUCGA